AUGAAGAAGAAUGGCUUCAGCUUGCCUUUACACCCUUACCAAAUGCUUUCUUGAAUCCUUCUAAUACUAUUUAGCAUCAGUUUCUAUGCUUUAUACCUCCCAAUAAUGCCCUCAGGACUUUUUGAAUUUUAUUUGCUAUCAUUUACAAUUUUAUACUUGCUCACAAUUUUCUGGAUUUAUCUGACAACCCAUGGAGACCCUACAGACCCUGUGGUUCUCCAAGAGCUGCUCGCCAAGAAAGAAAACAAGCCUUUUGAUUCCAAAAAAUACUCAUUUAUGUGUACAGCAUGCAAAACCCACGUAUCAAUUAAUUCAAAACAUUGCGGAACUUGUGAUAAAUGCAUUGAAGGAUUCGACCAUCACUGCAAAUGACUUAAUAACUGCAUAGGGAAAAAGAACUAUCGGGCUUUCAUAUAUUUAUUAAUAACUGUUGUGUCCUUAACAUUACUUGAAAUUUCUGCUGGCGGAUAUAUAUUAAAUGAAAUAUUCUUUAUAAUAGAAAUAAGCAUAAAAUUUAUCAUCUUAAAAACCCUGGCAUAUGUUUUUAAUAGGAUAUAAAAAACGACGGUGAUCCAAAUGAUAAAAUAAAAUCCACGCUAGGGAUAAAUAAUCAAAAGAAAGGCGCAUAUAUCGCAUUAAUAAUCGUAAUAACAAGCGCUUGCUCAAUUAUAUGUUUGUUGAUUAUGUAUUUAAUAGGCUUUCAUAUUUGGCUGAGAUCUAAAGGAUGAACAACUUAUGAUUACGUCAUCAGAUAUCGGGAAAAUAAAGCGAAAAAUAAGGUGCUUCCAGAAAAAGACUCUUUUGACAGCACAACAAUACAAAACAAAUCUGACAAAAUAUUGGAUUUGUCGGAGCCACCAACAAGCAAGAGAUAUCACAAAGCGCCGACUACUGAUGUGAGCUUGUAUACAUUUUCCAGCAUUAUUACUGUGCCUAGUGGGAGCCAAACAUUGAGAGGGUCGUCCAUUGCUACUGGAUAUUUAAGCAUGACUCCUAAUAGCUCUCCUCAAAACGAGCAGCAAAAUGUAAUCUAUUUUAGGCUGAUUUUAAUCAUGGACAAUAUUUAUUUUAAUAUAUUUAAUGGCAAUUAUACAAAUAUUAUAUAAAUUAA